AUGGCGCAGACAGACGUAGGCGCUCUCUGCUUCACCACGCUCCAGCAACAGCAGCAACACUUGUCUUUUUUGCGGGCUGACGAAGCCGCGCUGCAACAGAAAGCCACCCUCGAGGUCGAGCAGUACGACCGCCACGUGGCCUUGUUGAAGAACUUUUUUCUCCACUUUGUCGACGAAUUCGCGUCCCACGGAAAAGGCGAGAGCGCCAACGCCACACACGGCGACUUCAAAUAUCGCAACCUCCUGCAAGCUGUCCACGAUGAACGCCGAGACGACCUGCCAGUGUAUUUGGACGACGUCCGAGAGUUCUUUACGACGCAGCAACCGGAGGACGCCCCUCUGGGCGAGGAAGACGAGUUCGGCGCGGGAAAGAAGAAUUCCAGUCUGACCGUGUACGAGGCCAUCCUCACCAACACAAACCGGUACAUCGAACUCCUGUACCAGGCCGCAGACGCCGUGCUAAAGCAGGAGCCCGAUCUGUUUGAGACGGAGACGGAAGAAGCCGAGACGGCGGAGCAGGACGAGGCCCCGUUCCUGAAGGCAACUGACGGCCAGGCGUGGACGAACGAACUCAAGCAGAGACUGCGAAAGAAAGACCCAUGGAGAAAGAUUCGGGAGCGCGACAUGGCUACACGGCGGGUGCCGGCCUUUCUUCGCUGCGGCUUCCGCAUCUGCCUCUACCCGCCCGCACGCGAAGGCUGUCGUCUCUUCCGCAGCGUCGACGCCGCCAGCAUGGGCAAGUUCUCCUUCUUCACCUGCGAGGUUCUCCGCGUCCAACAAGUCAAACCGAAGCUCCUGGUCGCCGCGUACGAAUGCGAAGAGUGCCAUGAGAAAGUCUUCCAACCCGUGGAGGCGAGCGCGUUCAUGCCUCUGGUGACCUGUCCGCUCUGCAAGAACAGCCGGAACCGCGAGUGCACGCUCCACCUUCAUCCGAAGCUGAGUUUCUUCCUGCCUUUUCAAGAAGUGAAGGUUCAAGAACCGACUUGCCAGAUACCGGAGGCCGACGUUCCCCGGACCCUCAACUGUCACCUCGUCGGCCACGCCGUCACCAACAUCCUGCAGCCCGGGAUGACAGUGACGCUUGGCGGCUUGCUGAAGCCCGUGCGGAAGAUGGGAUUCGCGGCGCUUCGCUCCGGAUUGGUGCAGGAGAAGGUGUUUGAAGUUUCUUUCAUUCAGCUGAAAAAGCAACAGACUCACCUAGACCGGCGGGAGAGUCUCCACGUUGCCGAGCAAGUGGCGAAGCUGCGGCAGACACCGGGUCUGUACGACUUGCUGUCGCGUAGCAUUGCGCCUGGAGUGUACGGAAUGGAAGAUGUGAAAAAGGCGCUUCUCCUGCAGCUGAUCGGCGGCAAAACCGUCACGAAGGACGACGGAGGCAUGAUUCGUGGAGACAUCCACGUCCUGCUCAUGGGUGAUCCCGGUGUCGCCAAGAGCCAACUGAUGAAACAGAUCUGCUCCAUCGCCCCCCGAUCCAUCUACACGACUGGAAAGGGAAGCAGCAGCAGCGGUCUGACCGCCGCCGUCAUCAAGGACCCAGCCACGAUGGAAACGACCCUCGAGGGCGGCGCCCUCGUCCUCGCCGAUCGCGGCAUCUGCUGCAUCGACGAAUUCGACAAGAUGGACGAUUUUGACCGAAGUGCAAUCUACGAGGUCAUGGAACAGCAGUCCGUGUCGAUCGCGAAGGCUGGGCACUGCAGCUGCCUGCCGGCGCGCACGGCUGUCUUGGCGGCGGCAAAUCCGAAAGAUGGACGAUACGACGUGAAAAAACCCAUGAUGGUCAACAUGAACCUGCCGGCAGCGCUGCUGUCUCGUUUUGACCUCCAAUUUCUGCUCCUCGACCAGGCAGAUCGCCAUCGCGACACGCAGAUGGCGGCGCACAUUCUGGGGAUUUACCGGGCCACGCCGGCUGCGGAAGCGAAGAUCGACGAAGGGCGCACAGAAAAGAAGGGAAGGAAGGGAAAGAAGGACGGGAAAAAGCUCAACGAGCCGGAAGGCUUCGGAAACAAAGUCGUGGAGAAAAAGGUGCUCCGCGCGUUCAUCGAAGAGGCAAAGAAAGGCAACCCUGCGCUCGAAGAAUCUUUGAUUCCCCAGAUUGCUGACUGGUACGCGAACACGCGCUACGACGAACAGCAGCAAGAGAGGCUGUCGGGCAUCCUUCCGUCGUACACGACCCCUCGAGCGCUACUUGGCAUUCUUCGUCUUGCUCAGGCCUUGGCAUGUCUGCGGUUCAGCGACUGGGUGGAAGCCCCCGACUUCGAGGAGGCGCUGCGUCUGAUGGAGGCUUCCAAGGAAAGUGUGCGCGUUGCGGAGGAAGGCAGAAGACGGAGGAAGCAAGACCGCGCAAGUCUUGCCUUUGAAAUCUUAAAGAAUCUGAGGAGUCGGACCCAGCAGAAGAAGGGCGCCAAGUGGGACGGGUGGAUGAAGGUUUCCGCGUUGCAGCAGCAGGCAGCAGCUGCGGGUCUAGCCGCCGAGCAACUGGACGCUGCGCUCCAACAGUACGAAGAGUUGACGUUGAUCACCUUUGACCGCACAAAGACCAAGGUGGCGUUUGUCGAAGAGGCAGGCAGUGAAAAGUCGGACGACGAAGACGAGGACAUGGCCUGA